CGUGUGUCACAUUGACAAUCGCUACAUAUAGUAAUAUUAUAAUGUCAACGAAGAGGAAAUCAACUAAACUGGAAGCUGAUGUGAAGCCAAAGAAAAGUAAAAACAAAAGUAAAUGCCACAUUGACGUCAACAAAAUAUUCGAUGACGAACAAGCUUUACAAAGAAUCAGAAACUUCGUAGAUUUGCAAGACAGUACGAAAAACGAUGAAAAUAAUUAUGACAAUGGCGAUGUGCAGGCAUUUAAGAGACCAUUCUUUCAUUGUGUGCUGUCCAACCUUGUACUGAGUGAAAACUUCAUAGAGAGCCUGAUGGAUGAAGUUUUAGACCUCAACUUUGUAGAGAAAAAUAAUGACCUAUAUAAGUUUCAUCAGAGUACAGAAGAUUUGAAAACUACAAAGUUGCCAUAUUUAAGUGCAUUGAGGGAAGUAAUAUAUAACACUGUCCGUGAGUGGGUAACAAAGGUCACUGGAAUAGAACUGACCGCUCAGGUAGACAUGUCCUGUGCAAUGUACAGGUAUACAGAUGUGUUGUCCUGUCAUGAUGAUGAGUUAGAUGACAGAUGCAUUGCUUUUAUAUACUAUCUAGUGCCACCAUCUUGGAAAGAGGAGGAUGGGGGUCGUCUUCAAAUGUUUUCUCUGGAUGAAAAUGGAGAGCCUGAAGAAAUAGUAAAAAACUUAAUUCCUGUCCAAAAUAGCUUUGUUUUCUUUGAAGUGACUCCUGCAUCUUUUCAUCAGGUGGAGGAGGUUUUAACAGAAGACAAGACCAGACUCUCAAUCAGUGGAUGGUUCCAUGGACCACAAGUGGAUAGACCCCCUCCAUAUAUUGAGACCCUCCCUGCCCCCUGUCUACCUAUUUCAAUAGAGGAAGAUGAAUUUUACUCCUGGAUAAACCCACAGUAUUUGGACACUGUCACACAGGCUUCAAUCAAAGAGACAUUUGUGGAGGAGUCACAGAUAGAACUCAGUAACUUCUUACAGGAGAAUAAGUAUGAAGAGCUGGUAGCAUUGCUUACAAGUAUUGACAAAAGUAAAUGGACUAUCAAAGGCCCUCCUAACAAAAGGAGAUACCUGGCUGUUGAUCCAAAUGAGGUGCCUGAUCAUGUGACCAAGUGUUUGAAUUUCCUCCAAUCAGAUGCAUUGUUUCUAUUAUUGUCCUCACUGACUGGUCUUAAACUUCAUGAGCUAGCUGAAGUGUCAGAUUCAGAAGAAGACGAAGAAGAGAAUCAGAAGCAAAGAGGAGAUACUCCACGUUGUCACUGUGAGGUUAGGAAAUGGCAGCAUGGAAACUACACCCUGGUUCAUGACACAGACACUGAAACCAAGCUGUGUGCUCUGGAUGCUGUUUUAUAUAUUGGCUGUGAAGAUUGGCAAAAAAAAAACUCAGUGAAACGUAAAUGUGGCAUGCAGUGCAGAUUAACAAUGUCUGUUUCUUUACAGUUGUUGUCAGUCUGCCCCAGCCCAAACAGUUUAGCUCUGGUGUAUAGAGACACAGAGACACUUAAAUUUGUGAAACACAUCAAUGCCAGGGUCAAAGAUACGCAACAUCAAGGUUUUAUGGACAUUGCAUGUGUGUAUUACGAAUAAAUUUUAUCAGUUUAUUACCAA